UCGUCUGUCCAGUGGCUGCAAUUGGUCGCAUGUGCACGCACGCUUUUUUCACACUCGAGACUAAAGGAUGAAAUAAGGCGCAGAGCUGAAGGGCUAAAGGAAUGGACAAAUAACGAAGGACGACGGACACCCACACGGAGAGCGCUAAGAAAAGACACGAGUGAAGUCUGACUAUCAAGACGCGGGUUUUGGAUCACAUUCAUAUCAAGAGGAUUUUGUGGGAUUUCUUUAAAGCGAAUGGUGUGAAAGGUACAGUGGAGGCAUCACUCGCACAGCUGUAAGGAUGCAGGUGUCCGGAUCGAGGAUUAAGCUGUGGUGUCCGCUUAUCUCUCUGGCACUGAUUCACUGUUUUGCUCCUGUCUCGGCUCAAGUUCCAGUUCCAAGAAGACUUCGAUUUAAAGUUAUCAGUGCUGGAAAGCUACUUGUCUCAUGGAAGGAACCAAAAGGACAAUAUGAUGGCUACAAGUUCAUAUAUAAUAGUGAAACAGGUGGGGAAACGACCGAGUUGCCAAUUGCAAGAGGAGAGAAUAAAGCAGUCAUAAAGGAUUUUAAUCCCAAGAAGGAGUAUUCAGUCAAAGUUAUAGCCGUGAGUGGAAACCAGCACAGCAGGGCACUUCAGGGAAAAUAUGCUGAAGGGCAGAGCAGUGAUGGAGAGACCACUCAACCUCAAAGACUUAAAGAGCACAGUCCUGUGGAAGAGGGCAAUGAGAUCUCAGCAGUGGACCAGUUUGUCUGCACGACCUCCGCCAUUGCAGAUAUUGUGAUCCUGGUCGAUGGCUCUUGGAGUAUUGGAAGAAUCAAUUUCCGCCUGGUUCGCAUGUUUCUGGAAAACCUGGUUAACGCCUUUGAUGUGGGAAUAGACAAAACCCGGAUCGGACUGGCCCAGUACAGCGGAGAUCCACGGAUCGAGUGGCACUUGAAUGGUUUUAGCACAAAAGAUGCAGUGAUAGAUGCUGUCAAAAACCUGCCGUACAAGGGAGGAAACACUCUGACUGGUCUUGCUCUUACCUACAUCCUGGAAAACAGCUUUAAACCCGAGUCUGGAGCUCGUAGCAAUGUUCCCAAAAUAGGAAUUCUGGUUACGGAUGGCAAAUCCCAGGAUGACAUUCUCCCGCCCGCUGAGAGCCUAAGAGAUGCUGGAGUCGAGUUAUUUGCCAUUGGUGUAAAGAACGCCGAUGAAAAUGAAUUAAAUGCCAUCGCCUCUAAGCCAGAGGACACACACGUUUAUAAUGUGGCUGACUUCAGUAUUAUGAGCACGAUAGUGGAGGGUCUGACCAAGACGGUGUGUGAAGGAGUGGAGCAACAAGACAAAGAAAUCAAGGGAGAUUCUUUGCCUGAAGAGACAGCGUUACCACCGCAGGACUUGGUUACUUCUGAGGUGACUGCGCACAGUUUCCGUGUGUCCUGGACUCGUGCACCCGGCAGUGUGGAAAAAUACAGAGUGGUUUACCAUCCAACCAGUGUAGACGUGCUGGAAGAGCUUGUGGUGGGCGGCACAGAGAAUUCAGUCGUCCUGCAGAAUUUAAACUCUUUGACUGAGUAUGAGAUCGCCGUGUUUGCUGUAUACCUCAGCUCGGCAAGUGACGCUCUUAGAGGCAACGAGAUCACACUGGCACUACCCACAGUAACCGAUCUGGAGCUGUACGAUGUGACUGACAACAGCAUGAGAGCCCGCUGGAGGGAUGCGGAAGGGGCUUCUGGGUACAUGAUCCUAUACGCUCCACUGAUCAGUGACACUGUAGAUGAAAGAGAGAUGAGAGUAGAUGAGACAGUGACUGAUGUAGAGCUCCAGGGACUGAUUCCCGACACUGAAUAUUCAGUUACAGUCUAUGCCUUGUAUGGAGAGGAGGCCGGUGAUCCGUCUACUGUUCAAGAGACAACCAUAUCUCUGAGACCUCCACGUAACCUGCGGGUCACUGAAGUGGACCACAGCUCUGUGCGACUCAACUGGGAUGCGGUUUCCAGUAAGGUUAAGGGCUACCGUGUCAUGUAUGUCAAGACAGAUGGCGUCCAGACCAAUGAGGUGGUGCUGGGUCCUGUCACCAAUGUGUACCUUAAAGAUCUGUCGCCUUUAACUGAGUACACUGUUGCAGUUUUUGCCCUCUAUGAUUAUGGCCAAUCAGAGGCACUCAGUGGUGGAUUCACUACAAAGCUGGUGCCUGCUCCAUUUGGAAUGAUGACCAAUGAGGUCACUUCGGAGAGUUUCCGGGUAAGCUGGUCACCCCCUGCCAGGGAUGUAGUGCUGUAUAGGCUGUCCUGGUCACCCAGCGAAGGAGGAGAUGCAAAGGAGGUACUACUGAAUGGAGCUGUGGACUCGUAUGUGAUUCACCACCUGUCUCCUUUCACCGAGUAUAAGGUGUCAAUGUCAGCUGUCUAUAAAGAUGAGAUGGAAAGCAGCUCAGUGGUUGUGCUGGAGAACACAUUGGGCUUGACCACCGGGAUUCCAACCACUAUUUACCCCACAACAGAAAUUGUUCGUUUGGGAGUGACUAACCUGCGGGUGGACGAAGAGACCCCCUAUAGUCUGGAAGUGAGCUGGGUGGUGCUGGAUUCAGACGUGGAGCAGCACAAAGUGACGUACGUCAGUGCAAACCGCGCAGAACAGACGGUUUUAGUUGCGGGAAACAGAAGAAGUGUUAUACUGCAACCUCUCCUCUCAGACACGGACUACAAAAUCAAAGUGACCCCUGUGUAUGCCGACGAAGAGUUCGACAGGCUUUCCAUGACCUCAUCCGGCAAAACAUUGCCACUGUCCGGUCCCAGUAACCUGAGAGUCUCUGAUGAAUGGUACAGUCGCUUCCGCAUCACCUGGGAUGCCCCUCAGUUCCCCACUAUGGGCUACAGGGUCAUCUACCAACCCAUCUCUGUGUCAGGUCCAGCUUUGGAGACGUUUGUAGGUGAUGAUGUGAACACCCUGCUGAUCCUCAAUCUGUUGAGUGACACGGAAUACAGAGUUCAGGUCGUCGCCUCCUACACCACAGGCUCCAGUCAACCCCUCACCGGCAAGGGCAAAACACUGUUCCUGGGAGUGAACAAUCUCAACACAUACCAGGUCCGCAGUACUAGCAUGUGUGCCCAGUGGCAACCUCAACGCCAUGCCACCCUUUACAGAGUUACCAUUGAACCAGUCCUCAGUGGGAAAAAACAGGAAGUGAGACUUGGGGGUGGCGCAUCCAGACAUUGCUUCUUCGAUCUUUCCCCCAACACCCCGUACAAAAUCAGUGUUUAUACCCUUUUACAGGACGCGGAGGGACCUGCAGUCACCACCAUGGCAUCCACAUCUCCAAUACCCACCCAACCACCAACUGACGCACCCACCACAAUCCCUCCUCCCACCAUCCCACAAGCUAAAGAAGUUUGCAAAGCAGCCAGGGCAGACCUGGCUUUUCUUGUCGAUGGUUCCUGGAGUAUCGGAGAUGACAACUUUCAGAAGAUUAUCCGCUUUUUAUACAGCACAACUGGAGCUCUUGACGUGAUUGGUCCCGAGGGAACACAGGUGGCCAUUGCUCAGUUCAGUGAUGAUGCCAGGACUGAGUUCAAGCUGAACUCUCACAGUGACAAGGAGUCUUUGCUGGACGCCGUGCAACGCAUCACUUACAAAGGAGGAAACACCAAGACAGGCCGAGCCAUUAGGCAUGUUAAGGAGGCCAUCUUCAGUGAGGACGCGGGGGUGAGGAGAGGCACUCCUAAAGUGUUGGUGGUGCUCACGGAUGGUCGAUCUCAGGAUGAUGUCAACAAGAUUUCCAAGGAGAUGCAGACGGAAGGCUUCAUCAUCUUUGCCAUUGGCUUCGCUGACGCUGACUACGGGGAGCUUGUGAACAUUGCCAGCAAGCCCAGCGAGAGACAUGUGUUCUUUGUGGAUGAUUUGGAUGCCUUCAAGAAAAUUGAAGAACAGCUCAUAACUUUUGUUUGUGAGGCUGCGACAGCCACUUGCCCCUCUGUGCUAAUGGGCGGGAACACUUUAGCAGGCUUCCGUAUGAUGGAGAUGUUUGGUUUGGUGGAGAAGCACUACAGUAGCGUGCAGGGUGUCUCAAUGGAGCCUGGAACCUUCAACAGCUUCCCCUGCUACAGGUUGCACAAGGACGCCUUCGUCUCCCAGCCAACCAGAUAUCUUCAUCCAGAAGGACUUCCUUCUGACUACACGAUAUCAGUGCUUUUCCGCAUACUGCCUGAAACUCCUCACGAACCCUUUGCAUUGUGGGAAAUCCUCGACAAAGACAACGAGCCCCUGGUGGGCAUUAUCCUGGAUAAUGGAGGGAAAACAUUAACAUUUUUCAACCAUGACUACAAAGGAGAAUUUCAGACGGUGACUUUCAAAGGACCCGAAAUUAAGAAAAUUUUCUAUGGCAGUUUCCAUAAGCUGCAUGUGGCCAUCAGCAAAACGGCGGCUAAAGUGGUGAUCGACUGCAAAACAGUGGGAGAGAAAACCAUCAAUGCUGCGGGGAACAUCACCACUGAUGGAGUAGAGGUUCUGGGACGUAUGCUCCGCUCGCAUGGAAGGAAGGACAACUCGGCUCCGUUUCAACUCCAGAUGUUUGACAUAGUCUGCAGUACAUCAUGGGCGGCUCGUGAUAAGUGCUGCGAACUCCCCGGCUUGAGAGUAGAAAAGGAUUGUCCUGCUAUGCCCCACGCCUGCACCUGCGCUCAGGACAGCAAAGGACCUCCGGGACCUUCUGGACCUCCGGGCGGUCCUGGUAUAAGAGGCUCAAGAGGAGAUCGGGGGGAACCGGGCUUGACGGAGCCUGCUGGGCAUUCUUCACACUUUGUUUCAGCAACUCGGCUGGUGGGACCUCAAGGGCCACUGGGUGAGAUGGGAGCUGCAGGACCACAAGGACCUCCAGGUCCAGGGCCAAAUGGAAUGUCCAUUCAGGGGCAACCGGGGGGUCCAGGCGAGAAGGGGGAGAAAGGUGAGACAGGUCUGCCAGGUCCUCAGGGUGUACCAGGUGGAAAUGGAGGGCCUGGAAGAGACGGACCUCCAGGACAGAGAGGCUUAGCGGGCAAAGAUGGACCCCAGGGACGGCAGGGCCCUCCAGGGCCGAUGGGAAGCCCCGGAGCUCCAGGGGCCUCAGGAUCUCCUGGACAACCAGGAUCACUUGGUGAUCAGGGACAGCCUGGGCCUCCCGGCACUAAAGGCGAGAGAGGAGAGCGAGGUGAUAUACAGUCUCAGGCGGUUGUGCGCGCCAUAGCACGACAAGUUUGUGAGCAGCUAAUUCAGAGUCACUUGUCUCGUUACAACUCGAUCCUGAAUCAGAUUCCCAGUCAGCCCGUUUCAGUGCGGACAAUACAGGGUCCUCCAGGUGAGCCCGGCCGACCGGGAUCUCAGGGGCAGCAGGGAGAGCAGGGUCCUACUGGGAGACCAGGUUUUCCCGGAGCCGGUGGGCAAAACGGCCGGCCAGGAGAGAGAGGUCUCCCAGGAGACAAGGGAGAGAAAGGCAGCCCGGGGGUGGGGACACAGGGUCCCCGUGGUCCCCCAGGACCUCCAGGGCCUCCAGGAGAAGGUCGGACGGGCAGUCACGGUCCUCCAGGAAGACCUGGAAUUCAGGCUAACCCUGGACGUCCAGGUACACCCGGCAACCCUGGUCCCGCUGGACCGCCCGGGUACUGCGACCAGAACUCCUGCCUCGGGUACAACGUUGGAGUACAACAGUUACCCUCCAGCCCCUACCAAAACAACGGCCCCGCCACGAACUACAACGACGAGGAGGAGGAGGACCCUUAUGAUGGCUACCCUCGCGGAUACCCUCCUCAAUACUACCAACCCAGCUACCCUGGCCCCGCCCAUCCCGUUGACACCGUGGGGAUGAGGUCACCUGGCACACGUCGCUUCUCCCGCAGCACGACCGAAGAGGAGGGCGCAGAUGAGACGGCAGUCCGGGCGAAGGCAGAAUAGCUCAAGAAAACCCAUCCUCCACAAACAAAUACUUUUCAUAGAAUUAUCCUGCAGCAUAAGACUAAGGGAACUCCGAAAAGUGCCUGCUAUAUGCAUCCUUAUUAGGCAAGGGGAGAAGAUUAGAAAACGAAACCGUGCCGAAAUUCAUACAGCGACUUUUCUGUCUUUCGCGAGGUUGCAUGUGGCCAACGUGACAAGAAGCAAGUACCUGAAGGUUUUUCAGUUAUGUGUAGUCCAUAAAUUUUGUAAAUGGGGAGUCUUCUGUACAGUUUGAGUAAUUGUUUUUGUUUUUAAACGGUCAGUUCACCCGAAAAUAAAAACUCAUGUAAUGAAAGCGAAAAAAGGAGAAAUUUAAAAAAAAGUUCAGUGUGACAUGCAAUAUAUUCAAAGUCUUCUUCAAGCCAUACGACUUCUUUAAAGGAGCCAAAAUAAAUUUAACGUUAUUCACUAAAAGUCUUGACAUUCUAGCUUUCCUCUCCAGCAGUCACAAGAGCUCAUGAAUAAAGUAGGAUAUUUUUCUGAUACAGAAAGAAGCUGAUAGGGUUUUAAAAUAAAACAAAGCGGUAAAUGAUGACAUUUGACUUUUUUUAUUUUGGGUGAACUGUUCCUUCAAGUGCAAAUCAGUGAACUACAAAACUCUACAAAUGUUUACAGGAUGUUGCAGUUAUCUGGAAGCGGCUGCUUAUGUUAUUUAGUGAAGAAAAUACCUCCGUUGAUGCUUUUGAUGUUCUUGUCACUAGCAACUAUUUAUGAAGCUGAAUUCUUAAUCCCAUUAACCAAAUGUAAUGUUUUCAUUUUUCACUGGUACUUUAAGGGAUCACUACGUGUAAUGUCACAUCUGUCUGCAUAGUAAAUCUAUAUCACACACAUUAAUGUGAACUUCCUGUGCAUAUGGUCUUAUAAGUCAUGCAACCUUUUGGACAAUGCAGUAAAAGCUCUCCAACCGUUUUUUUUAAAAGAGCAGCUCUGCGUGGAGUCCGUGUCCUGUGGGCCUGUUCACUGUGAAUGACAUCUGAAUAGUUAGGCCUGUGGUCUACUGUCCUUUCACAAUGAAUUUAACUGCACGUGGAACGGGUACCAGUGAAAACUCAUCGCCAGACCUUUGAAGCUACAAAGUAAUUUAUUUUUACUUUAUUAUUUGUUUUUGUAACCAAUAAAACUGUACUGCGACUAUGACUCAAGAUGAUGUCUCGUCUGGACUGUUUUGCUCUGCAUGCUAAUUGGCUAAUAAAAGAAUGAUGUAUAUUUAAAUGGGACCAUUAUUGGGUAAGAUGAACUUAGAUAAUAGAAUAUCCACUAUAAUUAUUCUUCGUAAAUACAUUUUUGAAAAAAUAACUUUUAUUCAGAACUCAAAAAGGCCAAAGUGGUAUUAGAACGGGCUUAUAGAGCCAUAUGCAGUUAAUUACGAGUGAAGCUGAAGUUGAAUUCGAGCCGUAUCGGACCUCACAACGCCUAAAGUCAUCUAUGGGACAAGCAAAGAAUCUAAACUCUGCGGAGUCAUUACUGUAUGAAUAGAGCUGCUGUUUAACUGCCUCUGUAUGGUUUUGAAUUACAUCAAGACACAUUAUCAGCAUUUCACAUCUCUAUUAGGAAGAUCAUGUGAUGGUAUCUCACAUAAACUUGACCAAAAAUUGACAGUCAUCACCCUGAGAACAGUAUACAUUUUUCAUAAUCCCAACAAGUGAUUUGCACCCGAGUAAUGUAAA